AUUCUUUAAAUGAUUAGACACAUAAAGAACUUUUUAUGUAUUAGCGUCAUCUUUUCAUUUCAUUUUUAAAAAUUGAAUAAAGAUUAUUUUUCCGUGUCUUAUAUCUAACAAAUUAUAAAACUGAAUUCAUAUAAGUUUCAUUUCGAAUGAUUAUAUAAAUAACUAAAUUAUGUAUAAUAGUUCAACUGCCAUUAAUACAGUAAUGGGUCUUAUGUCUCAUCUAACUGCUUCUGAUUUAAAAGAAAUAUUAAAUGACGAUAGUAAAUUUGAACAGUAUGCUAAUGAACUGAAACCAAAUAAAGAAAUAGAUACAGAAAAGGAGAUGCUAAUUGCAAGUAAUCAAUCAUUGGCCGAAUUUAAUCUCAAUAAAGAACCUGAAUUAAUCAGUGCUAAAGAAAGAUUAUGUGAAAUGUAUGAUGAAGCAGAAAAACUCUAUAAGAGCGUAACUGAAAAAGUAAAUACUAUAAAACAACAUAAAGGGAAUAUGAAUCCAGAAACUAUUUUAGCAUUGUUACAAACUGCAGCUUCUGAAACUGAAGAAGAAUCAGAUAAAUCAGCUGAGCAAUUUUUAAGUGGUGAUACUAAAGAUCUAGAAGGUUUUGUAGACGAAUUCCUGAAGCAUCGUAAAGAUAUGCAUUUGCGUAAAGCUAAGGCAGAUAAAAUGGCUGAACUUCUUAGUAGACGCAAUAGCUCCUACAGACCAUUAAAUGACAAUAUUCAACAUGUAACAGCAGGGUUUUCUCAGCCUGGUUAUCCUCAAUCGUUUUAUUUUCAACCAACUUCAAUGCCAUAUCCUAAUGUACCCAUUAAUAUGCCCAUGCCAGGAAAUCCAUUCAUAAACAGACACUUUUAAUUUAUAUCUAUCACAUGAAGAACAUCAACAAUGUUAUAUUUAUUAUUUUUUAUUAUAAUACAUUUAUAAAUUUGAAUUAUGUAAAUAGAACAAAGUAUAAUUAUUGUAAUGUUAAUGGAAUCACUAAUCUUAUUGUUACCACCUCAUUUAUAAACUUAAUUUAUCUUGCUAUGAUACUACUGAUGGAGUAUACGUGUUUUAAGUAAUAAAUUAGGUGUAUUAGUUCUUAGUUAAUAAUUUAUGAUACAGCAAA